GACAUUCAAAGCUGGCUUAUGAGAGGAGGGGGGUGUUUCAUCAGAGAGGAUUCACGUCUCUUUCAUGUGUCGAGCUCAUUUUCUGCUUCAGGCUCUGAAAGGGCGACACAAAGGAGACGCUGCUCUGCUGCUGGUUCAUCCAUCCGUCCGUUCAUCCAUCUGUCACUCAUCAUCCAGCGUCGGAGGAUGGAUCUGCUGUCUGUCUGCAGCAGCUUUGUUCAGCUGCUCUCAGCUGUGUUGCUGAUGUCCUCGUGGUGCGUUCAGGGUCUGCGUGUCGACGUGUUCCCCAGGAAGGCCUUGUUCAGGUUAGACGAACGGCAGCAUCUGGUCUGCUGGGUUCAGGACUGUUCCACAGAACCGAUUAUAUCCUGGGCUACGUUGGAGGACCGUCCUCUGCCCCCCUUCAGCACCAACCGGACUCACUCUGUGAUGACCUUCGACCCGGUGAUGGCGGAGCACGAAGGAAUGCUGCUGUGUAAAGUCAGCUGUGGAGACGAGAAGCGGCAGAUUCAAGCCUCUGUGGUGGUUUACUCCUUCCCAUCAGCCCCUGUCAUCACAGGUGUGGACCACCUGAGGCUGGGGGCGGAGUCAGCUCUUACCUGCCAGGUGUCUGACCUCUAUCCUGCUGAGCAGGUGACCCUCACCUGGCUGAGAAGAGGCAUCGUGCUGCACAGCAUCACAGGAGACUCUGAGUCCAGCUCACUCCAGUCUGAGUACAGGUUCACGCCCCAGAAAGAGGACUCAGGGGGGGACAUCAGCUGCAGGGCCACGCUGGACCUGCAGGACCUCCUGCCAGCUGAGAACAGUACCAGAGAAACCACCGUCCCUCUGAACAUCCUGUAUGCUCCUGUUGUCAUGACGAUAUCAGACUCUGUGGUGGUGAUGGCCGGCUCUUCGCUCGGCCUCAGCUGUUCUGCAGAGGGAAACCCCGAGCCGAACGUCACCUGGAGCUUCAGGACGGAGGACAGACGCUCUCUGCUGCGAAGUCGAAGUGGUCAGCUCUUCCUCUCGGAGGUGAGGCUUUCAGACGGCGGGCGCUACAUGUGUGAGGUCCGAAACACCGAAGGGAGCCAGACCGCCUCUGUCAACGUCACAGUUCACGCUCCACCCACUAACACCUCCCUGUCAGUAAGCCCAGGUGAGGAGGUGGUGGAGGGUCGACAGGUGACGUUUACCUGUUGCUCGGACGGAGCUCCGCCUCCCACACUGAUACUGAGGAGAAAUGGGGAAGAGCUUCACAGGACUGACUCCGCCUCCUCCUCACUAACCUACAGCAUCCCCUCUGCUGUGCUGGAAGACUCCGCCCACUACCAGUGUGAAGCCUCCAACCAGUAUGACUCCCAGCUGGCCUCCACCUCCUUAACUGUCAGAGCUCACCCUCUGCAGGUGGAGGCGAGUCCUCAGCUCUCAGCAGAGCGAGGCUCGGCUCUGAUCCUGAUCUGCAGGGCCUCCGGGUGUCUGCAGACCCCCACCCUCAGCUGGAGGAGGCCGGACCAGAACCGGACUGUCCUCCAGAAGACGCAGCAGCAGGACGGACUGUCUCAGCUCCACCUGCAGGAGCUGGAUCUUCAGCAUCAGGGAGGAUACAGCUGCGAGGCCGAGUGCGAGUCCGUCACCAGGACCAGAGACAUCCAUGUCCACGUCUACUCAUUCCCAUCUGAUCCUGUUCUGGAGGAUCCUGGUCCGGUUCUGCUGGGCCAGGAGGCUGAUUUUCACUGUGAUGUCAUCAGAGUCUUCUCAGCCAAUCAGCUGAGGAUCCGCUGGCUGCUGGGGAACGCUACGCUGAAGUCCGAGUUGUUCAGGUUCUCCGGUUCUUUGCAGAACAUCUCGUCUGCCCUCAAGCACCGGGUCCAGGAGGAUCAGCCGGUUCUGAUGUGCAAAGCCGAGCUGCUGACUGAGGACGGAGGUGUGUGGAGGUCCAGGAACUCCACCCGCCCUCUACAGAUCCACUAUCCUCCGAGGACGACCUUCCUGUCAGCGAGUCCCCAUGAGGAGGUGGUGGAGGGUCAGCAGGUGACGUUUACCUGCCGCUCAGAUGCAGCUCCAGCCCCCACACUGGUGCUGAGGAGGAAUGGGGAGGAGCUAAAGAGGACUGACUCUGCCUCCUCACUCAGCUUUAGCAUUUCCUCCACCCUGCUGGAAGACUCCGCCCUUUACGAGUGUGAAGCCUCCAACCAGUACAGCUCCCAGUCCGUCUCCAGAACCAUCACCAUCAAAGCUCCCCCAAGGAACACUACGGUCCUCGUCCUGCCAUCUACGGUAGUCCAGGAGGGACAAACAGUCACCGUCUGUUGCCAAACAAUCAGCUUCCCGCCAUCAGCAGUGAUUCUGAAGAAACUGAUGAAUGGGACAGAGUUAUAUUCCAUCAACGGUACUUUUAUUCUAGUCAACGUCACAGCCCGAGACUCUGGUCUGUAUCAGGUCAACGUGACCAACGACCUGGGCUACCAGAUCAAAGUCUUCAGCAUCAGCGUCAGAGAGAGCAGCAGCAGACUUCCUCCCGGCAUCAGUGUCAUCAUCGUCUCAGCAGUCUGUGCUGCCGUCGUGCUGGCAGCUUCAGCUCUGGUCCUCGACUAUAUGCGGAGAUCCAGGAAAAAAGGCUUUUAUCAGCUGCCACAGUCUGCUCCACCCUCAGCCUGAGGCUAACACUGGACUUUGUGGCUAGUUCCACAACGUGCUUUCCACUGCUGGACAUGUGGUUUCAAAGUCAUGUGACUACUACGCCUAGUACGCCUAGACUACUUCGAUUUGGUUGCUACCCUCCAGAUAUUGGCAGCUAAAGUGCAACAUCUCCACAACAUGUGGUUUUAUAUUGCAGCAUAUAUCUUGUGCUUUAAAAGUCAUCCAGUAUGUGGCUUUUACAUCCUUCCUGACUUUAUCCGUAAGUCUGCGGCUGCUGUUCCUAACCCAAACAUGUAGCUGCCGUGUCCCAACAUGCCAUUGGGAACAAGUCCUGCAAUGUGUUUCUUUGAAUGUGUGGAUCACAACGUAGUAGCUACCACUGCCCGGAAACCCCCAAAUAUGAAGCCACAGCGUCAUAAAAUGUGGCUUCAGUUCCCUUAACAUGACUUCUACCUCAUUAUAUUUUACUAUUACUUCUUCUAAAAGUAUAUUUGGUUUAUUUUUCUUCUAGCGUCACAGUUUAUGUAAAUACUACAAACCCAUCUGUAACGUCCACAUCCCUCCAUGAGGCUCCCUCCUCCCUAAACCUGGGCACCAUCAUCGCCUCGGAUGUUACGGCUUUGUUCGUAAUGUAAAAGUGAUCCCCAUUAAUGCUGGCCGUCAGCUUCCAGCAGCUUUUCUAAACAGCCCUGAGCAGAAAGAUGCUGUUUAAGCAGUGACUGCUUCACCGUCCAUCCUCCUGCUGGUGGAACAAAGACAAAACUCAAAUGUUAAGUCCCUAAAAGUGUCCAAUUUCCUGAACUUGUGAUUCACUUUCAUUUCUGUUGUGUGGUACUGUUGCGUCCACAGUUUUUACAUACGCAGACCCUUUCUUUUUGUUUUUAUUAAAGAGAUUUAUUUCCUCA